AUGGCGGCCGCCUUAUCAUCUUCCUUCCUCACCUCCACCCCAAUCCUUCUCUCCCACAAUUUACCGUCAAUCAACAGAAGCACCAGAUCACGAGUUCAGGCGGCUGCGCCGCCGCACCACCAUCACCGCUCCCUAACUUCUCUAGCUCUAACUGCCGCCGACGACUUCAUCAAUACCGUCAUCGACCCUCCCGGCCCCCACUGCCCUUCCACCGACCCCGCCUCCGUUCUCUCCGGCAACUUCUCGCCCGUCGACGAGCUCCCGCCGACUGAAUGCCACGUCAUCCACGGCUCCCUCCCUCCUUGCCUCGACGGGGCCUACAUCCGCAACGGGCCCAACCCACAAUUCCACCCUCGUGGGCCCUACCACUUAUUCGACGGGGAUGGAAUGCUCCACGCGCUCGCCAUCUCACGCGCCCGCCCUCCCACUCUCUGCAGCCGCUAUGUCAAGACCUACAAGUAUUUGACGGAGAAGGCAGCCGGAGCUCCACUCGUCCCCAAUGUCUUCUCCGCCUUCAACCGAUUACCCGCCGCCGUCGCCCGCGCUGUAUUAACCGCCGUCAGAGUCGCUCUCGGUCAGUUCAAUCCGGCUAAGGGAAUCGGCCUCGCCAACACCAAUCUCGCCUUCUUCGGCGGCCGCCUCUUCGCUCUCGGGGAAUCCGAUCUCCCUUACGCCGUCAGAUUGACGGAGGACGGCGACGUGGAGACGAUCGGCCGCCACGAUUUCGACGGGAGGCUGGGGGUGAGCAUGACGGCGCAUCCGAAGAUAGAUCUGCAGACCGGGGAGACAUUCGCGUUUCGGUACGGCCCUAGGUCGCCGUGCCUCACCUACUUCCGAUUCGACGCCGAGGGUAGAAAGCAAGCCGACGUACCGAUUCCCUCAUUCAGCCGAAAAACGCCUUUCCUCCACGAUUUCGCGAUUACGAAGAAGUACGCCAUGUUCGUGGAGACACAAAUCGUAAUGGACCCGGUGGAUUGGGCUUUCCGGGGCGGGUCGCUGAUCAGAUCUGACCCGAAUAAGGUGCCUCGGGUCGGGGUGAUCCCGAGGUACGCGACGGACGGGUCGGAGAUGAAGUGGUUCGAUGUGGCCGGGUUCAACCCGGUCCACGCGAUCAACGCGUGGGACGAGGAGGACGGCGAUGGCAUAGUUAUGCUAGUUUCAAACGUUAUGUGUGUGGAGGACGCGCUGGAGAGUUUGGAGCUUGUCCAGGCGCGAGUGGAGAAGUUGAGGAUCGAUUUGAAAACGGGGACUGUUAAUCGGGUCCCGGUUUCGACCCGGAAUCUGGAUUUUGGGGUGGUGAACCCGGGUUACGUGGGGAGGAAGAACCGGUUCAUCUACGCCGGGGUCGGGGACCCGAUGCCGAAGAUCUCGGGGGUGGUGAAGCUUGACGUUGGGGAUGAUGAGAUGGGGCGGGCGGAGGAAGAGAGGACGGUGGCUUGCAGGAUGUUCGGGCCGGGUUGCUUCGCCGGAGAGCCGUUUUUUGUGGCGAAGGACCCGGAGAAUCCGGAGGCGGAGGAAGACGAGGGGUACGUGGUGACAUACGUUCACGACGAGAUAAAUGGGGAGUCAAGGUUUUUGGUGAUGGAUGCACAGUCGCCGGAGCUUGAGAUUGUGGCGGCGGUAAGACUGCCGCGGCGGGUUCCUUAUGGAUUCCACGGGUUGUUUGUAAGGGAGAGUGACCUUCGAAAGGCAAGGUAA